AUGGCAGAAGACGCUCCUUCGAAGAUGAAUGCGGCACAAGCUCCGCUGCACAUUCACCGCCCCGUCCCGCGCCGCCACUUCGACUCGUACAAGGACGCUGCGCAUUCACCAACACACGACUUUUUGCAAUCCACGCCGCCCAGCGCACGCGAGAACCGCGGAUCAGCCGACUUCCUCGCUCAGCUCAACGCACGUCUGCUGAGAACGUGCAACUCGCGCAAUGACGAAUCGGAAGAGGCGGAGCGCGAAAGGACCCUGCCGCCGCGGAACAAGAGCGUGUUGAACAUGAGCAGCACCUUGUCUGGCAUCUACGACGAGACGGGCGAGAGUACAACCGGGGACCAGAGCAUGGCGGAAACGCCGUGGGGGACGGGCGCAGAGACGCCCGCGCACAUGGCCAUGGGCUUUCACGCCUACGAGCCUGGUAUGGGCAGUCCUGAUGGCGGUCGGAGUCUCAAGAACCAGGCCAGGGGAGUAGCAAGCACACGCCAGACCGAGGGAAAGGCACAUGACCACACUGCCAGACAACCGCGACGGGGCAUCUGGAAGUAUGCCGUCAUUCUAGGCAAGCUCGCCGCCCUCUAUGCUUUUGGCGUCAUCUACGGCAUCAUUGUCUCGCACCUGCACGAAACUCGGCAAUUGGCGCCGGUGCACGUUGAUGGCGUCGGUCGCGAGAGCCGGACCUACCUUGCAAGCUGGGGGUUGUUUGGUGUCGCGCUGGGCAGUCUGCUACCAUAUGUUGACCUUGUAUGGGACGUGCAGAAGCGGGCCAGUCAGACCGACGAGAAGGAGGUGGAAACGCACGACUCGCCCAUCAGCGAGCAGAUCAACGAUGUUGUGAGGAGCGUGGCUGCUUUUCUAGGCAUCGCAUUUGCAAUCUCUACUCUCCAGCUGACUCUCACCCUCGCCCUCGUAAACCCAGCCCUCUGGUAUAUUCUCGACCGUUCAAAACCAGGGCUUUCCGUCUCGCUCACUGUAACCUCCAUCCUCACCUCAUUCAUCUUCCUCUCGAACCCGAAUGUACUUCCUUCUCCCUCCUUACCACCUACCACAAAUGCCACACAAGUCCCGUCUAUGAGUGAUAGUACACACAUGCAGGGCAGGCCUAGCACAGUAGCGCCAAUGGGGCAAGAGUUUUUUGCUGGCAUGAUCAGCUACGAGAGCCUGGCUGUGGUGACGUGGUCUGGAUGGAAAGGGGCGUAA